UAGAGCCGUCCUUCCAGACAGGGAGAGAAGAGUCCGUGUCCAGCCGCUGUCCCUCCAGCUCCUCCGCUCGUCAUGCCGGACUCCACGCUGCCCGUGCCCAGGCGCCUCGCCUACGCGGUCGGCCACUUUCUGAACGACCUGUGCGCGUGCAUGUGGUUCACCUACCUGUUGUUGUACUACCACUCAGUGCUCAGCUUUCGGGACACGAGCGCCGGGCUGCUGCUGCUGGUGGGUCAGAUCGCGGACGGGGUCGCCACGCCGCUGGUGGGCUACGAGUCUGACCGGACACGAGGAUGCGGCUCGUACGGCAGAAGGAAAACCUGGCAUCUCAUCGGGACCGUCAGUGUUCUGGUGUCUUUCCCCUUCAUCUUUAACCCGUGCGUGGGGUGCAGAGUGGGGACGCCGCAGUGGGUGGGGCUCAUCUACUUCAUGCCCUUCAUCAUUGUCUUCCAGUUCGGCUGGGCUGCCACUCAGAUUUCCCACUUGUCGCUCAUCCCUGAGCUGGUUACCUGCGAGCACGCCAAGGUUGAGCUGACUGCUUACAGAUAUGCUUUCACAGUGGUGGCAAACAUCACAGUCUAUGGAGUGGCCUGGCUGCUGUUCCACUUUCAGCAUGCAGCUGAUCCGUCCGUGGCCGACCAUUUGAGUCAGCUGGACAUCCCGGUAUUCAGGGACCUGGCACUGAUCGUGUUGGGUAUUGGUGCUAUUUUCUCGCUCAUCUUCCACCUUGGCACACAGGAGAGCGUUCAGUACCGGGAUGAGACGGGAGAGGGACACCCACUGCUGCCUGACCUCAGCUCGACCACCAGGCCUCUGCUGCAGUGGAAACACUGGUUUACUGAGCCUUCCUUCUAUCAGGUGGCUGCUCUUUACAUGUGCACUCGACUCAUCGUCAACCUCUCUCAGACCUAUAUCUCUAUGUUCCUGAUCAAUUCUUUACUACUGCCUAAGAAAUACAUCGCCACUAUUCCUCUGGUGAUCUACGUCAGUGGGUUUGUGUCCUCUCUGGCCAUGAAGCCGGCCAGCAAACGCAUCGGCACCACCAUGACAUAUUUUCUAGGCCUGGUGCCCAUCCUGGGUUUUGCUGUCUGGGUGUUGCUGGACCUGCAGAUGGGCAUUCGGGUGUACGGGGCGGCCGUACUGCUUGGAUCUGGAUCUGCCAUCAUUCUGGUCAUGUCACUGUCCAUGACCGCUAAUCUCAUUGGAGAUCAGACACAAAGUGGUGCGUUUGUGUACGGAGCAAUGAGCUUCACAGACAAGGUGGCCAACGGCCUGGCAGUCAUGCUGAUCCAGGGCCUGUACCCCUGCCGGUCUGAGGCUAACCGCAGGCUUGGUGGAGAGAUAGCAGGAGAACACGGAGAACAGAAGCAUCAGUGUGGUUGGAAACAGCACAUUGCGCUCUCUAUGGCAAGUGACCGUGGACAGAGGGCUUUCUCUGUGCACACGCAUUCUAAUGGAGAGCUAUGAGGAAGCGGAGCUGUGCGGUUACGGGACUCCUGCCUCAGCACACUUUAUUUACGUCCUACUUAUUCUUCUUACGCUCUCUUUGUUCUCCAUUCAGCGGAAUUUGGGUUUUAAUAAUAGCGAAGUCAGCUUUCUCUACAUGUGAAGAUGAUUUGUAGACCCAGUGAAAACACACCCAAGUACACAGGAGCUCUUAGGUGUGAGUAUGUCUAUAAAGUGUCUUAGUCUUCAGUUUCUGAGCUCGUAAGCAUAAAGUGUUAAACAGUUAAGAGCGCUGAUCCGAUAUGAGGCGCAAAAACUGAUCAUAGCUCAGCGCGCGUGACGUGUUGAGUGAAGAGUUUAAGAGUAUUAUUAAAUUUGAACUGCCUUUGACCAAGAUUUAUCGGUGAUUCACCAGCCCCACAUACACUACAAUGGCUCUGUUUAGAAACUUAUUCGGAUCAUUGGAAAUUCCAUCUGGAACAAUAGCCCCAUUUGUAAUGUUAAUCUAACUAUUCUAAAGCUCUUUGUCUCAUUCGCCUAGUACUGUUCUCUGUAACUGCUCUGAAUCAGUUUUGUGUUUUGGGGAAAUAAGAAAGGGAAUGUAACUCCAUGUUUGAUUUUUCUGCAGUAACUUUGUACUACAGAUGCCAAAUGUUACAUCACAUCCAAGAUUUCAUCACUGAUAGAGCUGUUAUUUCAGGAAGAGUUGCAGUUCCUUCUGCUGAUGCACUUUAUUCAGAUUGAAUUAAUGUCUUUAUGUGCAAUGCUGUACAGGAGUAAUAGGAGUUUUCAAUGUUUUGUAAUAAAUUCUGCACUGGAGUAAUAAUU